GAGCCACAGGGAGAAGAUGGAAGCCGCUACAUGGCUAGCUCUGGGGGUCCUCCUAGCUGUGCUGCUGCUGGAGGCCGCAUCCUCCGAUACGUCCUGCCCGGCUCCGUGUGUAUGCGAGGGCCGAAUGCUGGACUGCAGCAGAAGAAGACUGGGCCGGCUUCCCGCAGCGCCCCUGCCAGAGGGCAUCACCAGCCUGGAGAUAAGCCAUAAUUGGUUGACUCUAUCCAACAGCAGUCUGGUGCCAGAAUUGUACUCUCUGCAAGAAGUGAAAAUGAAUUACAAUGAGCUAACUGCAAUCCCUCCCCUUGGAGAACCAACCGCUAAUAUUACUCUUCUUUCUUUAAUACAUAAUAAAAUUUCAGAGCUAAACGGAGAUUUGCUUCAGCAGUACCUUUCAUUGGAAACCUUGGACCUCAGCUCAAAUCUUCUCACAGAAAUAAAAAGCUCUCAUUUUCCACGGAUCCCUUUGAAGUACUUGAAUCUAAGUAACAAUAGAAUUACCACUUUGGAAGCUGGAUCUUUUGACAACUUGUCUGGGUCUUUAAUAGUUUUAAAACUGAACAGGAACAAAAUCGGUUUGAUUCAACCAAAAAGCUUGAAGCUCCCUCAUUUGCAGUUCCUUGAAUUGAGGCGUAACCGAAUUCAAAUUGUGGAGAGCUUGACUUUUCAAGGGCUGGAUUCUCUGAAAUCUUUAAAACUGCAACGGAAUGGUAUCGGCAAACUCAUGGACGGGGCAUUUUUUGGACUAGACAACAUGGAGCAGUUAGAAUUGGAAUAUAAUAAUGUCUCGGACAUAAAUAAAGGUUGGCUCUAUGGAUUGCGAUCUCUACAGCAGCUUAUCAUGAACCAGAAUGCUGUUCACAGGAUCAGUCCAGAUGCAUGGGAGUUCUGCCAGAAUCUGUUGGAUCUGGACGUGUCAUACAACCAGCUGAAUCGUUUGGAUGAGUUUGCAUUUGUUGGGCUGAGCUCACUGGAAAAACUGAACCUAGGUGAUAACCGGAUAAAUCACAUUGCUGAAGGCGUUUUUAAGGGUCUUUCAAACCUUCUGACAUUGGACCUUCGAAAUAAUGAGAUCUCCUGGGCUAUUGAAGAUUCUAAUGAAGCAUUUGCUGGACUGGUCAAGCUGAAUACACUCAUUUUGCAAGGGAACAAGAUUAAAUCCAUCACGAAGAAAGCUUUCACUGGCCUGGAUUCCUUGCAGCAUCUUGACUUGAGCAACAAUGGGGUCAUGUCUGUGCAAGAUGAUGCCUUUGCUCACGUUAAACUUCAGGAAUUAAACCUAAACACAAGCAGUUUGCUUUGUGACUGCCAGCUAAAAUGGUUCCCCCAGUGGCUCAUUGACAAUGGUUUUCAGCAUUCUGUGAAUGUGAGUUGCGCUCAUCCUGAUUGGCUCUCCGGGCGUUCUCUACUCGGUGUGGAUGCAGGAGAUUUUAUCUGCGAUAACUUUCCUAAACCGCAAAUCAAAUUACAUCCUGAGACAACAGUGGCAUUGAGAGGAAUGAAUGUGACGCUCAUAUGUUCUGCAGGCAGUAGCAGUGAUUCCGCCAUGUAUACGACAUGGAGAAAAGAUAGUGAAAUCCUGUAUGAUGCCAAAGUAGAAACCUUUGCCAGAUAUUAUAAAAAUGGACUGGAGCUCAUAGAGUACACUACAGUUUUGCAUCUGUUUAAUGUGAACUUUACAGAUGAAGGGAAAUACCAGUGUGUCAUCACCAACCAUUUUGGAUCCAAUUACUCCAGUAAAGCUAAGCUCACAGUCAAUGAAAUGCCUUCAUUCCUGAAAACUCCAAUGGAUCUGACCAUCCGCACUGGUGCCAUGGCACGUUUGGAAUGUGCAGCAGAAGGUCACCCACCUCCCCAAAUUGCAUGGCAGAAAGACGGGGGAACAGAUUUUCCUGCAGCCCGAGAACGUCGUAUGCACGUUAUGCCCGAAGAUGAAGUUCUAUUUAUCGUCAAUGUUAAAAUUGAAGACAUGGGUCUUUAUAGCUGUAUGGCUCAAAAUGCUGCAGGAAGUAUAUCAACCAAUGUCACACUGACUGUGUUGGAAACGCCAUCAUUCAUAAGACCCCUAGAAGACAGAACAGUUGCCCGUGGGGAGACUGCUGUGCUGCAGUGUAUAGCUGGGGGAAGCCCUGCUCCACGUUUGAAUUGGACUAAAGAUGAUGGUCCUCUGGUGGUCACUGAGCGGCAUUUCUUUGCUGCUGCAAAUCAGCUGCUUAUCAUUGUGGAUACAGGACCUGAAGAUGCAGGGAAAUACACAUGUAGCAUGUCCAAUACUCUUGGAACUGAAAGAGGUCACAUUAACCUUUACGUACUGUCAUCCCCUAAUUGCGACUCUUCCCAGAAUGUCAUAGGCUUUGAAGAAGAUGGUUGGACUACUGUGGGCAUUGUUAUAAUUGUUGUCGUCUGUUGUGUGGUGGGGACAUCUUUGGUCUGGGUUAUUGUCAUAUACCACAUGCGGAGGAAAAAUGAAGACUACAGCAUAACCAGCACCGAGGACAUGAACUUACCGGCUGAUAUUCCAAGCUACCUUUCUUCCCAGGGAACACUGUCAGAGCCACCAGAAGGAUACAGUAAUUCUGAAGCUGGCAGUCACCAACAGCUCAUGCCUACUGCCAGCGGCUGCGUUCACAAAGGAACCGAUGGAUUAUAUGUAGAUACUGGAAGUGAGGCAGAUGCAGAAAUCCUAAAUACCCCAUUUGCAGCAAAUAUGCAGAAUAGCCGAAUUCCCCCAUUAUAUGGAGUUCGUGGGGGCAUGCACCCAGGAGAGAUGCGCGACAGUCAUCCAGUACAAGGUGCUGGACAACAUAUGAUCUGCUCUGACUGCUAUGAUAAUGCUAAUAUCUACUCACGGACUAGAGAAUAUUGUCCAUAUACAUACAUGACAGAGGAGGACCCAAUGGACCAAACUUUGUCUAGCUUUAUGGCACAAGUUCCAAAGGAGACUUUCCUGUCUCUCUCUAAUGAAGUGGGAGCGUCUGCUGCUAAAAGAGAUAUAUCUCCAUUCCUCAACUAUGACAGAAAGGAGGGCGUAAAACCCAACUGUGAUUCAUGUUCUUGUCCAAAUUGGCCCAUAAAGAAAGAUGGCAACUUGCCAGCAGCACCACACCCUCCCUUAUGCCACCAUUCUGUUGGUCAUGAAAAAACCUUAUUCAGAAAUGAAGGACCACCUUCAGUCAAGGCAGAAGAGCAUCCCCUGCCAAGACCUUGCUUGAGAUCUUAUGACCAAGACUGUGACCUAAGCAGGACUCUAUUUAUUGGCGAUUACAAGGAAACGACCUAAUCAUACCAAACAAAUCUGCAAGUCAGCUGACUUUGUGUGGACUACCUCAGAAUUUACUCCAUGGCCAAAAAGUGCUAUAAUAGGCUUGUUUACAAAUGUUGAGUGGACCAAUGCAAACAAAAAAAUGCCACUGCAUUGAAGUGCAGAGAGGUAAAUACUAUGUAGCUUGGAUUGGUCAAAACAUGAGCACUUGUCGCUUCUACAGUUAUAUGCUUCAAAGAUCGAGUCAGUUGGAACAUUGGUUGUGACCAUAGUGGCUUAUUAUGUGAUCUCCUGAACUACUACAGAUGGACAUUUGUAACAUGUUGCAUUGUCACAGGCUCACAGUAAAGUGGAUUUACUCAUUGCGAUGUGUGCAAUGUCAGCAUAUGCUCAAUGAACACAUGCCUAAGCAUGUACCUUCACAGCUGGUACUAGCAGUCUUAUGCACGUGGUACUAGUCGGAAAUGCAUACAAGUACUGCGAUAAUCGGUAAAGCUUUUGAACGUUACUGCAAAUAACAUUAAAGCAGUAGCUAUGACUUUAUGUUAUUUAUACCAGCUAUAUCAAGUGAAUUUACAGUCUAAGAUUACUGAAACCUAGAAUUAAAUAAGAAAACAUUCCAUGGAAAGGCAA